GAAUUUAAUGGGCGUGUAUCUUGCUAGUGUUGCUAUGGUAACAAAACAGGAGUGGCAUGGUUGCUGUCUGUUUAGUUUUGGCGCUUUUUAGAGAAUAUGUCAGAUGAAAGAAGGACCUUUAUCAUACCCAAGGACUCAGGUGUACUGUCAAGCACUCCUCAUGCUCCAAGACAAAGGAAGCAUUUCCCUUUUGGUCCUCCUCCAUACCAGGAGAGGAGGAGACGGUACAUUGACAUCAGCUCCACUAAGAAAGAACCAGGACCUGAUGCUACCUCAAUACAGGCUUCAUUAAAACCAUCAGUUGAACUUCCUAUCGAAUCAGAAAGAACACCAAAAACACAAACUAUUUUCGUAAAGCCGUUUCGGAGGAUGACAGUUCAACCUGCUCCUGAAGGGGUACCCAGUUUAGACUUGGCACGUUUUAAUGAACCAGAUGAUCAAAUGGACCCAAUAGAGAUCAUUCGUAUGCCUGUUGAUAAUAAUCGUGCAACCACAAGAACAGACAUUAGCUGGGGUACACCAAGACUGCCUCAGAGUGUUAGUAAUGAAGUGGAGGAGGAGGAGGAGUUUGAUGGUGGACUGAUAGAAGAGACAGUAAAUCAAAGAGAAGAUCAUUUUAUUUCAAUGAACAAUACAACAGUUGAUGUGUUUGAUGACAGUAAUAGAAAGAAACAGCCUGAGGUUACUCCUGAUGUAGGAAUGUCAAGUAAUCAGUUGCAAUUUAUUGAGAAGAAGCUAUUGUCUCACGAGCGAGAGAAGCAAGAACCGUGUUACAUGCAGAGAAUAGAGCAACAGAUUGAAGGUUUCCCAUUCGGAGAGAAAGGACUAAAGAAGUGGAUCCAGUUUGGAACUAGAAUAUUAUCUCAAAAUGGUCGUGAUGUUCACAGAGAAUUGUGCGGAUUCUUCUUCCUAAGUGAUGGAUCACUCACUAUAUAUGAGUUUAGACAAUUUGGACAAAGAGUAUCAGCUCUUCCUCUUAUACCUCGUGCUGUCUAUCAGUUCCCUAAAGGAAGGAGAGAAGGAGAACAAUACAAUAUCACUCACAUCAGAAAAGGCACUACGCUUUAUUUUAAGUCCUCGUCAGUGCCUUCACUUCCUGAGAGUCUCAAGAGACGCUCAAUACUUGGACUGAGGAUCACUCAUGUUGAUGAACAAGCAAAAUUUGAUUUAAUGAAGGAAGGUUUAAAACAGAGUGAAUACACUAAGUUAAGAGAAUACCUUUAUCCUCCACCAUCAGAAGAAACCCAACGAUCAACAACACUACUAGCAACAUUACAAGGUAUGUUAAGGAAUCGGUUACAAGGGAGGGCUAGUCAGACGCUGGUUGGAUUAGGGAGAAUGUUACAGCAGUUGUGUACUAAUGAGGGACUGAUACUACAGAAUCAGUUACAUCAAGCACUGAGAGCUUAUCAUAUUGGACUGACACCUGAGGAUUUUGUACAACUGUGGGAUCUACUACAUGAUCAUUAUAUUGUGACUACAGUAACUGAUAGAACUAGAGGAAGAGGGGGCGGGGCAAUGGGUGGGGCUAAGAUGAUAGAAGGAAUGUGGCUGGACAGGUGUAUACCAGGACUGGUGGGGGAACUAAAGGAGGAGAGACAAUUGAUACUGAGGAAGGUGUUUCAGAAGUUGGACCCAGGGAAGAGAGGAGUAGUUCAAUUGUCUAAUUUACAUAAAAACUUUUGCUCAUCCAAUCAUCCUGAAGUGAUCAGUGGUCAUAAGACUGGAGAAGAGGUUGUUUCCAGUAUGUUAAGAUACCUUGUUCCAGCUAGCAGGAGUAGACACUCUAAUGGGAACUGUAUCAAUUAUACUGAUUUUGAACACUACUACAUUGGAGUGAGUAUAGACAUUUUAGCUGAUCAUGAGUUUGUACACUUAUUGAAACGAUGCUGGUCACUCUAAUCAUUAUUAUUAUUAUUAU